AAUUAUGUGCAUGCCCUGUUCUUUAGGUUAUGAUUGGAGGGGAAGAAAUAGAAUUUUAAAUAAUCCAAACAAUAUAAUAACAUUCCAUAUCAAUCUUAUUCAUCAAUCUUAUUCGACUCUAUCUGAUUCCAUUAAUCGUCCUAGUAUUUUUUGAAAUUGAAUCUAAGUAACAUAAACCUGAAACGCCAGCUUUCCUGCUGCCUUGCCGCCGUUACUAUUCAUCGUCAUCGUGACACACCCACCUUUACAGCUGUCGUCAUCGCCUUGUCUCAGAUCUGUUUCUCGGUGGCGUACGACCUUCUCUGGCGAACCCGGUGAUAGUGUGACCUUGACGAAGCAGAGAAGAUGUCAGUGCUUAUGGUGACGAGUUUAGGGGACCUGGUUAUCGAUUUGUACACCCAAAAGUGUCCCUUAACCUGCAAGAACUUCUUGAAGCUUUGCAAGAUUAAGUACUACAAUGGCUGUCUAUUUCACACCGUUCAGAAGGAUUUCACUGCACAGACUGGCGAUCCAACUGGAACUGGCACUGCUGGCGAUUCUAUCUACAAGUUCCUUUAUGGUGAUCAAGCUCGCUUUUUCAAUGACGAGCUUCAUAUUGAUCUAAAGCAUUCCAAGACUGGAACUGUUGCCAUGGCAAGUGCUGGAGACAAUAUGAAUGCUUCACAGUUCUAUAUAACUCUGCGUGAUGACCUUGAUUACCUUGAUGGAAAGCACACUGUUUUUGGCGAGGUAGCUGAAGGAUUUGAGACUUUGACUAGAAUAAAUGAGGCUUAUGCAGAUGGAAAGGGCAGACCAUUUAAAAAUAUCAGGAUCAAGCAUACUUACAUCCUUGAGGAUCCUUAUGAUGAUCCUCCUCAGCUACCUGAGUUUAUUCCUGAAGCUUCACCUGACGGAAAACCUAAGGACGAGGUUGAUGAUGAAGUCAGGCUUGAAGAUGAUUGGGUGCCUAUGGAUGAACAAUUAAACCCAGGAGAGCUGGAAGAGGUUAUUAGAUCAAAGGAAGCACAUUCUAGGGCAGUUGUGCUUGAGAGUAUUGGGGAUAUUCCUGAUGCUGAGGUUAAGCCUCCAGAUAAUGUACUAUUUGUGUGUAAAUUGAAUCCGGUGACCGAGGAUGAGGACUUGCAUACAAUAUUUUCACGCUUUGGAACUGUAUCAUCGGCUGAAAUCAUCCGUGAUCAAAAUAGUGGUGACAGUUUAUGCUAUGCUUUUAUAGAGUUUGAUGACAAACAGGCAUGUGAGCAGGCAUAUUUCAAGAUGGAUAAUGCUUUGAUUGACGAUCGAAGAAUACAUGUAGAUUUUAGUCAAAGUGUUGCAAAACUGUGGUCACAAUACAACAGGAAAGAUAGUAAGGCUGGUGGUUGCUUCAAAUGUGGUUCCACAGAUCAUAUUGCCAAGGAUUGCACUGGAGAUGCUACAGUGAAACAACCCACAAAAUAUAUCUUGAAGGACAACAAUGCCCAACGUGGUGGGCAGAAUGCGAGAUAUGAAAUGGUUUUUGAUGGAGAUAACACGAAAAGUCCAAGGAGAGAAAUGAAACACCAAAGACAUAACAAAGAUGACCGAGAUGAUAGAAGAGACAGGAAAGAAAUUUUUAAAGAUGAUAGUCACAGAGGCCACAGAGAUCAGGAGAUGGCAGGCUCAAAUAACAAAGAUAGGUAUGGCGAUAGAGGCAGAGGGCUUAAAGGAAAUGAAGAUGAUAAAGCACGAAGAGGUGCAAGAGAUACAGGUUUGCAGGAUGACAAGAAAGACAGAGAAAGGCACGUGGGAAGACAGAGAGAUGAUGAAUAUCGACGAAAAGAUGAGCUAGACUCGAGAAAAAGAGACUUAGGUUAUAGCUUCACAGAAAGACGGGCUAGUCGAGAUGAAAGGAGAAAAACUGAUGGUAGCCAUUUGGUUAGGAAGAAUGACAGAGAUUAUAGGAAGAGAACUGAAGACAGUGGAAGGCCAGAUGUGAAGAAUGAUUCUGGACGAAGAAAACGAAGCCCAGAUGAUGGGGAUUACAAACAUAGCAGAAAUGAUGAGGAUUGCAGAGAAAAUGUGAAGAUUGCUUCAGGACGAAGAAAACGAAGCCCGGAUGAUGGUGAUUACAAACAUAGGAGGGAAGAUCGGGGACAUAGAAGACGUGAUACCGAACCUGAUGAAUAUCCUCAUCCUCAUAGAAGGCAUCAUGCGACAAAAGAUGAUUGUUGAGCACAGAACUUUGGCAAUGCAAGUUUAAGGUAGAGUUUGAUACACAAUGAAAUGAAACAGCAUGUUUUGUUUUUCUUGGUCCCACUAAACUUUUGUUAGUGGAAUCAGAAAGUCUUGUUUAUUAAGUUUUGUGCCUUAUUUAAUAUGUGGAACAGAGUUUUGAAAUCAUGAUCAUAUUGUCUUGUUUUUAGUGGUUGCCAAAGAACAAACUUACGUUUUUUA